AUGAUAAAAGGAUUUUCACACCUGAGGGACAUGUACUUGUAUUUGAUGAGAAGAAAUGGGACAAGUGUUAAGGAGAAGAUAGUUCAUUAUGGAGAGAAUGUCGGGAAAAGAAAAGCAGUUGGAAUAGGUGGAGGAGGAGCAAUGCUGAUGGUGUCUCCCAUCAUGUUUGAAAUGAAAAAUAAAGAAGAAGUAAACGAACCCAAGAGUGAAUACAUUUUUAUGGCAGGAAAAACAAUUGAUUUUUUGACACAGAAAUUGUUUGAAAAUGAAUUUGGAACAUCUAUACUUUAUUUAACUUUUUUUGUUGCUUAUCUAGCUCUACUUGCUCAUGAUAAUAGGAUUAAUCUCAUGGUUCAGAAGCUAAAGUUUAAGUAUGCUAAUAAUAUGUUUUCUAUUGGUCACCCGAAUUAUAUGAAGUACUUGGAUAAGCAUAGAGUAUCUGGGAAAGGUAGAUCAGUUUAA